AGGAGAUUUUCAAGUAUACCCAUGGCUGCAGAAAACCAGACAAGAAUAACUGAAUUUAUCCUGAUGAGCUUCUCUUCCCUGCCUUCUGAAACACAGGCUGUGCUAUUCCUGGCCUUUCUAGCCAUCUAUUUAGUCACUCUGCUGGGAAACAGCCUCAUCAUUCUGGUGACCUUGGCUGACCCCAUGCUGCAAAGCCCCAUGUAUUUCUUUCUCAGGAACUUAUCCUUCAUAGAACUUGGCUUCAACGUAGUCAUUGUGCCCAAAAUGUUGGGGACCCUGAUUGCCCAGGACACAAGCAUCUCCUUCCUGGGCUGUGCCACUCAGAUGUAUUUCUUCUUCUUCUUUGGAGUAGCCGAGUGCUUCCUCCUCGCCACCAUGGCAUAUGACCGCUAUGUGGCCAUCUGCAGUCCCUUGCAUUACCCAGUCAUCAUGAACCAAGAGACACGUGCCAGACUGGCUGCUGCCUCCUGGUUUCCAGGAUUCCCUGUAGCCACUGUGCAGACCACAUGGCUCUUCAGCUUUCCAUUCUGUGCCAACAACAAGGUGAACCACUUCUUCUGUGACAGCCCUCCUGUGCUGAGGCUGGUCUGUGCAGACACAGCAAGGUUUGAGGUCUAUGCCAUUGUCGGGACCAUCCUGGUUGUCAUGGUACCCUGCUUGCUGAUCCUAUGUUCCUACACUCUCAUUGCAGCUUCCAUCCUCAAGAUUCCAUCAGCUAAAGGGAAGCACAAAGCCUUCUCCACCUGCUCCUCGCAUCUCCUCGUUGUCUCUCUUUUCUAUGUGUCUUUAAGCCUCACUUACUUUAGGCCUAAAUCAAAGAAUUCUCCUGAAAGCAAGAAGUUGUUAUCAUUGUCCUACACUGUUGUGACUCCUCUGUUGAACCCCAUCAUCUAUAGCCUGAGAAAUAAUGAGGUGAAGAAUGCUCUCAGCAGGACCUUCCACAAGGCCCUGGCCCUCAGAAAAUUUAUCCUGUAGACAUUAAAAGGUGUAGAACCGCUCGCCCUUAAAAUACUCAGUUAACCAGGACUGAACCUCAACUAACUAGCAAAAAUAAAUACCCACGAAGAGCUAUUCGACAGGGAAACAAAUAGAAUGUACAUCUGAGGCAACAAAACUGCUAACUUCAAGGAAUGGGGAAAAGCUAACACUGAUCAACCCAACAAACCAUCAAGAGAGACCUGUUGCUGUCCAUCUGCCAAACGAACUGCAUAUGACAAAAGCUGAGGCCCAGGAGCAGAGAGCUU